AAGAGACCUCCAUCACCCACAUGCCUUUCAACCUCUCUCAACGGUCUCUCACACUAGUUAUUUAUUUGGGAUUUUUAAAAAUAAUCUGUCCGGAAUCAAGAUCAAGAUCAACCAAUGAUGGCUGCUGCGCAGGUCUUUAAUCAGGUUUUAGCGCCGCAAACGCAGCUUCCAUCUCUCCAUUUAUUUCCUCUCCGCACCCAAAAAUGUGAUUUCCACAACCACAAAAGAGCUUUUACAUCUCUCACACCCCAAAAUUCCACAAAAAGGAGGUUUUACAUCGCUUCAUCGAGUAAUGCGGGCGCUGCUCCACUCUGGGAGAAUUGGGCUCCCGAAAAGACCUCCAAAGCUCCUUCCCUCAGUGACAUUAUUUGGCCUUCUGCUGGGGCUUUUGCUGCAAUGGCGUUGUUGGGAAAGAUUGAUCAGAUUUUGGCACCAAAAGGGGUUUCCAUUACAAUUGCGCCGCUCGGAGCCGUCUGCGCCGUUCUCUUCGCCACGCCGGCUUCUCCCGGCGCUAGGAAGUACAAUAUGUUUGUGGCGCAGAUCGGGUGUGCAGCAAUAGGCGCCUUGGCCUUUUCAAUAUUAGGCCCGGGCUGGCUAGCUAGGAGCACCGCCCUCGCUGCUGCCAUGGCCUUCAUGAUCUUCACCCGCUCCGUCCAUCCACCAGCUGCAAGCUUGCCAUUGCUCUUCAUCGAUGGAGUUAAGCUGCACCAUUUGAAUUUUUGGUACGCCUUGUUCCCUGGCGCUGCUGGAUGUAUUGUCCUAUGUUUGAUCCAAGAGGUGGUGUGUUACUUGAAAGAAAACUUGAAAUUUUGAGUGGAUUUUGCUCUCUCUCUCUCUCUCUCUACUCUUAUUUAUGUACGUUGUUCCCAUACGAAAGAGGCGGAGAAGAAGGUGAUCAAACCAGUGGUAGGUGUACCAUAAGACGAAGUUUGUGUAAUUGAUCUCUCUAGCUGUAAAUACUGUCAUCACUCCAAAACCUAUUUUUUUCCUUAUCGCAAA